AUGGCAUGCUCUGUUGGAGAUAUUUUGCAAGAAGAAUGUCAUCUAAAAACAUAUGCAGGUUAUUCUGAAAUUAUAGAAGAUAUACCUAACACUGAUAAAUUAAUCCUGAGUAUAAGAAUAGGAACUGCAUUAAAGAAUAUUGUAACAGUGUGUACUCACCAUUCUUUGAAAUAUGGGAAAUACUUUGCAUCAAGCUUCUCUGUAUCUAAAUGCUGUGACCCCUUUCAUAUCCAUAAGAAGGCAAAGAAAUCUAAUCUAACAUUGAUCACACUAGAGCACUAUAAUUUAAACAAUACAUUAAUUCCAGGUAAAAGUUUUUGUUUCUCUUGCAUUAAAAAGUUGAGACAGCCAUCAAACUCUGAUUAUGAUUCAAAUAUGAGUACUGAUCCAGAUUAUGUUCCAGAAUCUUCUAAAAAAUUGAUAGCUGAGCAACUUAAUCAAAGCCUUAUUUUCACUGGAUUCUCAGCUAUUAAGGUUGCACACUUGAGCACUGACUAG